ACGCUUACACAUGUUCAUAGAACUGUAGAAGGAGAAAUUUCCCUCUAUAAAUUGUCCCUCUCUAGUUGCACACUCAGUAUCACGUUUCUACAUGCUAUAUAUCACUUCGAUCCUAAACAAAAUGGAGUCCAGUCGUCUGCUACCCCUUUCAGCACUUUUUUGUAUUGCGAUUCUGGGAAGCCAUGUGCAUGCAUCACUGCCUGCUGAAGAUUACUGGCAAACACUCUGGCCUAACACUCCCAUGCCUAAAGCUUUCAAGGACCUUCUCCUGCAGCCUGGAAAUUGGGAUUGGAUGAGAAGGGAAAGCGCCCAUGUUAAGCAACAAGCAACCACAAGCAGUAAACUCAAAAUACCAAUUGGCGUCUUUUUGUUCGACCUUCAUCAUGAUGGCGACAAAUCCAAGACAGUUUAUGAUCACGGCAAAGAGAGCGAAGACUUUAAUAAAACAUUUCCGUUGUUUUUCCCCAACAAAUAUAGUGACCAUCUCACAAGUAACAAACCUACGAUACCCAAUGGCGCAUUUUUCUUCGAGCAUGAUCUUCUUCCCGGCAAAAAACUCAUCCUAGGACGUAUAAAGACCUCGGAUGAGUUCACUUUCUUACCGGACACAAUCGCAAAGGCCAUUCCAUUUUCUAGCAACAGGCUCCCCGAGAUCUUCAACCGCUUUAACAUAGAAGCUGAGUCAACCGAAGCCGAAUCAAUGAAAAAAACACUUGCGCUUUGCGAGGGCCCUACUAUACACGGAGAAGAAAGAUAUUGUGCAACUUCUUUAGAGUCCCUACUCCAUUUCGCGGUUUCAAAACUUGGAAAAAACAUAAGGCUACUUUCAACUGAAUUCGAAAGGGAAACACAAGAUCGGCAGUACACUGUGGCGGAAGGAGUAAAGAAAAAUGGUGAAAAAGCAAUGGUUUGCCACAAAAUGAAUUACCCAUAUGCUGUGUUUUUUUGCCACAAAAUAGAUACAAGGUCUUAUAGCGUCCCAUUGAUGACAACUAAUGAUGGAACAAAACUUAAAGCAAUAGUAGUUUGUCACACCGAUACUGCUCACUGGCCAUCAAAUAAUGUUGCCUUCAAGAUGCUUAAUACUAAGCCUGGAACCACUCCCAUUUGUCAUUUUCUUGCCACUGAUGAUGUUAUUUGGGUACCUCAAUUCAGCGGCCUGAAAGAUGACAUGUAAGUAAUGCCCUCCUUAUGAUGUUGAAAGUGUGUCUCCUUGCAUAUAUAGCGAGUAUUAAGUCUACUACGUUAUUGUAAAAUAUAUGUAUGUGUGUUAGUUUGAAUGUACUCCAACUAUAAUAAUGUGUUCUAGAAGUUUGGCAAAGGUAUAUACGUUGUGCUGCAAGAGUGGAAGGUGCUGUAACAUCUUCUAGAAGUUGUUAAUGCAUAAUUAUGUAAUGAGGAACGCAGUAAUGAUGUUGCCUUUGACAAAAUUUUUGCAUAGUUUUUUUUGUUUGAAU